AUGAAUACAUCUUCUCAGUAUGCAAUCAUAUUUGCAUGGUUACUAUGUGCAAUAUUAUUUAUGUUCAACACGGGCACGUCCCGCUUCAAGAUCCACUCUAACCAGAAAGACAAGAAUGCUCUAUUAAAUUUCAAGCAAGGAGCCAUAGGUCCAUCAGGUGUGCUCUCUUCAUGGUCCACUAAAAACGAUUGUUGUGAGUGGAGAGGAGUAACUUGUGAUAACAUCACAAGUAGAGUUACUGAGCUCAAUCUUCCAUGUUCUACAACCUUUUAUCCAACAUAUGUUGACAAAGUGGAUAAAUCACACUGCCUUACAGGUUCUAUCCAUUUAUCUUUUGUGGAGUUAAAAUUUCUAACUUACUUGGAUUUGAGCAAUAAUGAUUUCUUAGCUAUCCAAUUUGACUUUGUUAGUAGUCAAAAUAAUCAUAAUGGAUCUCUUGCUACCCCUCUUCGUGAGUUCGUCAACUCUUCAGUUCUUUAUUAUCUUGAUUUAUCAAUUAAUGAGAAUCUUGUCAUUGAUAAUCUUCAGUGGCUUUCCCACCUUUCUUCCUUGGAAUAUCUCGACCUUGGUCACAUUGAUCUUCACAAGGAAACUAGUUGGCUCCAAUCAGUAACCAAGCUUUCAUCACUUGAAGGAUUGUACCUGAGUCAUUGUCAACUUGAAGACUUGAGUCCGUCUCUUCGAUAUGCUAAUUUUACUUCACUUCAAGAAUGGCUUGGACAAAUUGAACAUUUACAAGAUCUUAUUCUUGAAGAGAACAAGUGUUCUGGAUCUAUUCCCACCAAUUUGGGAAAUCUAUCAUCCUUAAUGGUCUUUAAUGUCGACAGAAAUAAUUUGACAGGGGUUGUGUCCAAGAGAACUUUUGAAAAACUAUCAAAGUUGAAGAUAUUGAAUAUAUGCCUACCACAACCGUUAAUCUUUGAUUUUGAUCCCCUCUUGGUUCCUCCUUUUCAACUUGACGAAACAUGUUUAGUAUUUGGUGGUUCUAAACCUCCUGCAUGGUUAUCAACACAAAGAUCUCUUGAUUCUAUUGGAGAGAUACCCCCAUCAAUGGGCCUGUUAUCUAAUCUUAAUGCGUUGCAUCUGCAUGAGAAUGAGCUAUACGGUGAGAUAACUCCCUCGUUGCAAAAUUGCCCUCUUUUGGUCUUCAAUGUUCGUGAAAAUAACUUUUCAGGAAAUAUGCCAAAUUGGAUACCAAAGAGUGCCAAGGCUCUCCAAUUAAGGUCCAAUCAAUUCAGUGUCCAAAUACCAUCAGCUACACAACUUCAGGGGUUUAGUGCACUCAGUUAUAUAGGAAACCACUAUCUUUGUGGACCUUCACUCAAAAAAAUCUGCUUGCAGGAUGGUAAAUCAAAAGAUACAAUGGCAAUGGAUGAAUCUGCAUUUUUGUCAUGGUUUUACAUUGGUAUAGAAUCUGGAUUUGCCUUGGGUUUUUUGGGUGUUUGCUGUGCCAUUUUCUUAAAUAAGAAAUGGAGACACGCUUACUUCAAGUUCCUUUAUGGCUUAAGAGAUCGACUUUGUCGUGGUUGUAAUCAAUGUUAA